AUGUCUGCUGACAUUGAAAGUGUUGUUUUGGAAAAGAUACACAUCAGUGGGAAAUUUGCACUGCAACUUGAUGAGUCUACGGACAUUAGUGGACAUGCUCAACUCUUGGCCAAUGUGCGCUUUUUGGAUGGAGACGCCAUCAGAGAAAACUUCCUAUUUUGCAAGGCAUUACCAGAAAAAACAACAGGAGAGGAAAUUUUUCGGGUCCCAUCAGAUUAUCUUGAACAAGGUGGACUUAAGUGGGAAAACUGCACGAGUGUCUGCACUGAUGGGGCUGCAGCUAUGGUCGGGCGCACAAAAGGCUUUGUUAGCAGAGUGAAAGAGAAACAACCAGAUGUUAUUGUUAUACACUGUUUUUUGCACUGCAAGGCGCUUGUUGCCAAGACUUUACCAGCAGAAAUAGCUUCUGUGUUGGAUGAUGUUGUGCGCAUGGUAAACUAUGUAAAGUCAAGGCCUCUGAAAAGCCGCAUAUUUGCAUCAUUGUGUGAAGAAAUGGGUGCAGAGCAUAAAGCCUUAUUGUUCCAUACUGAGGUCCAAUGGUUGUCGCGCGGCAUAGUGCUGGCCAGUGUUUAUGAGCUACGGGAGGAACUAAAAGUGUUUUUGACUAAUGAGAGAUGCGAUGACGCAAAGCAGCUUGCAAGUGAUGAGUGGUGUGCAAGGCUGGCAUACUUGGCAGAUAUGUUUCAGCAUCUGAAUGAACUGAACACACGAAUGCAAGGCCGAAAUGAAAACCUGCUCACAAGCACAGAUAAAAUUAACGGAUUCCGUUCAAAGCUGAACCUCUGGCGACAACAUCUGGAAAGUGACAACAUUGACAUGUUCCCACUCACCCAGAAAUGUCAAGGAGAUGUCAACACUUCUGUGCUGUUUGAGAUAAUUGGUAAACAUUUGAAAACCCUUGAGGAGAAGUUGUCAUUUUAUUUCUUCUCAACCUCCACUGAAUGCCUUGACUGGGUUAGAGACCCAUAUAGCUCAGGAGCAGUUUUUGGAAAGGACAUGACUUUGCAGGAACAAGAGGAACUAACUGUACUGAGACAAGACCGUGGUUUAAAGCUAAGCUUUGCUGAUCUACCUUUGGACAGUUUUUGGUUGACUGCUGCCAAGGAGUUCCCCAUUCUGGCAAACAAAGCUUUUUCAACAUUGCUAUCAUUUUCCACAACAUAUCUCUGUGAACUGAGCUUUUCAAGCAUGACUGCUAUAAAAACUAAAAACAGAGAGAGACUGAGGGCUGUUGAGGAAGAGCUUCGUGUGUGCCUUUCUUCAGUUCCUGACAGGAUAUCGGCUUUGUGUUUAUCUAAACAAGCCCAGGUUUCACACUGA